CUUUUUUUCUUCUUCUUUUCGCCAUCACCAUCCAUUCCAAAAACUCACCCAUCAUCUUCUCUCUCUCUCUCUCUCUCUCUCUCUCUCUCUACACUCACAUUGCUUCUUUUCUUCAGCCCAUUUCAAAAAGCUUCACAAUUUUCAUUACUCUUUUCAUCCUUCAAAGUUCAAAUCUAAACCCAACAAGCUUCAAAACACCAUCAUCAAACACACCCCCAUUUUCACUUCUUCAACCUCACACAUUUCACUUACUCACACUCUUCAACUUCAUCUCCAAAAAUCCAAGUACCUUUCCCAACAAGCUUAAUAAAUAAACUAUUUUAUUCAUAUUUCAAGUACCUAUUUUCUCUUUGUCAGAAAAAAGGUACUUAUUUUCUCUUAUCUUCAUUACCCUUUUCACCUCGCGUGCUAAGAAAAGAAAGGACAAGAAAAAGUUUGAAAUUUUUCAUCUGGGUCAUGAGAUUUAGUGUUUUUGAGUUUAACAUUUAUCAGUUUUUAGCUUAAGCUUUUAAUUUCUACUGUUUUUUUUUUUGUUUUGUUUGCAUAGAUCUCUCUAACUUGGAAAAUAUAAAGAUUAGAUUUUUCUGUUUUUCAAUCUGUGAUAUUCAGAGUUGCACGUUUGCAAUCACUUUCUUUGGUUGAUGUUUGAACCAUGAAAAGUAAUUGUGUAUUAUUCUACCAAAUGAGUUGCUUUUUGGUAUUGUUUGGGUCCCAUUUGUGAUAAAGUUUCAAUUUUUAGUACUCAAAUUCAUUUUUUUUUUGCUGUUACUUUACUCAAUAAUCAAAAGGGUUUCCAUUUUGUUAUCCAUUUUCCUCCUUAUGAAGCUAUAAUGGGUCUUAACACUGUCCAAUUUUCAGUUGUUUUGUCAAAUUCAUGGUGGUAACUGGUAACUGAGAUGUUCAUGGGGCUUAUUGAGUUUCUGAGCUUUUGACUAAGGUGUUUGGUGUAAAUGUGAGUUUAGGAAAUUGAACUCAUCAUUAUAUAUCUUAGUUUUGUUUUACUGAGAUUAUAUGGAUAUGCUUCAAAAGGAGUGUCUCCUUAGGUUAGGAUUGUUGCUAUGUGUUUCAUUUGGCUUCUUGCUACAUCCUGUUGUAACAGCUGUAAUACCAUUAGGUUCGAAACUUUCUGUGGUUGAUAAUGAUUGUUGGGUUUCCUCUAAUGGCGAUUUUGCAUUCGGGUUCUUUAACAUUACUGAUGAACCUAACCAGUUUAGUGUUGGUAUUCGUUUCAAUUCGAAGUCUAUUCCUUAUAGUCAACAAACACUUGUAUGGAUUGCUGGUGCUCAUGUCAAAGUAAGCAACAUGUCCUAUUUCCAACUCACUCCACAAGGGGAACUUGUCUUGUUUGAUUAUUUACAUGGAGUCACUGGGUGGAGCAGUCAAACAGGAAACCAAUCUGUUGCUUCGGCUGCGCUUCAUGACAAUGGAAAUCUUGUUCUGAUGGACGCAAAACAAAACGUUAUUUGGCAAAGUUUUGAUACUCCUUCUGAUACACUUCUCCCAGGACAGAGUUUAUCUGUUUACGAGACGCUUCGUGCUUCAACCAAGGACCCUCAGAAUAGUUACUACAGUCUUUACUUGAAUGCUUCUGGUCGGUUACAGCUUCGUUGGGAGAGUAGUGUUGUAUACUGGACUAGUGAAAGCCCUUCUGCUGCAAAUCUCACUGCAUUCCUUACAACCGAUGGAUCUCUUCAACUUCGUGACCAAAAAUUUAAAACUGUUUGGAGUGUAUUUGGAGAAGACCACAAUGAUUCUGUGAGUUAUCGAUUUCUUAGGCUAGAUUUGGAUGGAAAUCUCAGGUUAUACUCAUGGACAGAAGCUUCACAAUCAUGGAGAUCUGUUUGGCAAGCUGUUGAGAAUCAAUGCAAAGUCUUUGAUACUUGUGGCAAACGCGGCGUCUGUGUCUUCAAUGCUUCAGGUUCUGCCGAGUGCAGGUGUCCUUUCAAGGUAACCGAUACUAACAUUUGUUUGGUUCCAUAUGAACAGGACUGUGCUUCUGGCAUCAAUAUGCAACAAUAUAAGAACAUAUAUCUAUAUGGAAUUUACCCUCCUGAUGAUUCUGUCAUCACAAGUAGUUUGCAGCAAUGUGAACAGUUGUGCCUGAAUGACCCUCGGUGUACGGUUGCGACCUUUUCCAAUAUUGGUAGACCACAAUGCUCCAUAAAGAAAACUAAUUACAUAACUGGCUAUGAAGAUCCGUCUCUAAGCUCAAUAUCAUUUGUUAAGAGGUGCUCAGGUCCAUUGGCUGUAGAUCCUGGUCUCAAGAAGUCGCCUCCACCAAAACCGUCUCCUCGGAGGCUUUGCGUUCGUUGCAUUGUAGGGGCAGCCUCAGGAACAUUUUUGUUCUUUGCUUUUGUUCAGCUGGGAAUUGUUUUCUUCAUCUGUAGAAGAAAAAGCUCUACUAUGAGAAGAGUUACAUUAGCAUUCACAUUCCCGAAUUCAAAAGGCUUAAUGGUGUUAUCCUUUGCAGAAAUCAAAAGCAUCACCGGAGAUUUCAAGAAUCGAAUAGGGCCAAAUAUGUUCAAGGGUGUGCUACCGAGCAAUUGUCUGGUUGCAAUCAAAGACCUGAAUGCAUCCAUAGAAGAAAGGAAAUUCCGGAGUGCUGUUAUGAAGAUAGGGACCAUCCACCACAAGAACCUAGUGGAGCUGGAGGGCUAUUGUUGUGAGUUCAAUAAUCGAUAUUUGGUGUAUGAAUAUGCCAAAGCCGGUUCAUUGGACAAGUAUUUAGAUGACCCUACUCUUUGCAAGAGGCUAACUUGGAGAAACAGAAUUGAAAUAUGCUCGAGUGUGGCAAAGGCCAUCUGUUAUUUGCAUUCAGGGUGCAGGGAAUUUAUAAGCCACGGAAAUUUGAAAUGUGAGAAUGUGAUGUUGGAUGAAGAUUCAGUUGCUAAGGUAUCUGAAUAUGGAUUUGCAAUAAUCAAUGGAGAGGCUACAUACUGCGGCUUUUCAGCUGAAAAAGAUGUAGGAGAUUUUGGCAAAUUAGUAUUAACCCUGUUAACCGGGCAGCGAGAUCACGAACAAGUUUGUGAAUGGGCUUACGAAGAAUGGAUGGAAGGAAGGGUUGAUAACGUGGUUGAUAAGAGAAUCGAAGGUGGUGCUAAUUCAGAAGAACUCGAACGCGCGUUAAGAAUUGCAUUCUGGUGCGUUCAAAUGGAUGAACAUAAAAGACCACCGAUGGAAGAGGUAGCGAGAGUACUAGAUGGUACAUUGAAUGUUGAUCCACCACCAUCUCCAUUUCAGCUGCCUUGUAAUCCACAAGAAAAUGGUUCAGAAUCAGAAUUAGAAUCAGUGGUUUAGUAGUGUUUAUUUAGACUAACAUCCAAAUAGGCAUGCCCUUAAAUUUUUGUCCCUCAAAACUAUAAGGGGCACUACUGAUUGUAAAGUUUGAAUACCAUGUUCAUUUGAGAUUUGUGGCAUCUUGUUUAUUUAA